CUCGACGCGCAGGCAGCGAGCCGUCCGAAGCACCCCCACCCCACCUCACCUCACCUCCGCCCACGCGGCUGCCCGGGCCCGGGACGGGACGAGCGAGCACAAGCUUUCCAAGCCGAGCCCAACCAAUCCAGUCCCGCUCUCCGAUUUGCGCCAUGGAGGCGCAGGACAGGGCGGAGGAGGAUGAGGGAGCGCGGCAACACGCGGGGGGCGGCGCGGCGGCGGUGGCGGCGGGCGUGGCGAUGGGCGCAAUCCCCAUGCACGGCUUCAUCGUUCCCAAGCCGGAGCCGGUGGAGUUCUUCGGCGACAUGGCCAUGGUGCGCAAGCCGCCGCCGCGGAACCGCGACCGGCACACCAAGGUGGAGGGCCGCGGGCGGCGGAUCCGCAUGCCGGCGCCGUGCGCGGCCAGGAUCUUCCAGCUCACGCGGGAGCUAGGGCACAAGUCCGACGGCGAGACCGUCCGGUGGUUGCUGCAACAGUCGGAGCCCGCCAUCAUCGCUGCCACCGGCACCGGCACGGUCCCGGCGAUCGCCACCACCGUCGAUGGCGUCCUCCGCAUCCCCACGCAGUCCUCGUCCUCCUCCAGCCCCUCGUCUCUCGCCGUGGUCAACGGCGAGGAGUCGUCCGCCAAGCGCCGCCGGAAGCUGCAGCCCACGCGCGCAGCGGCCGGCGCGUCGCCACUCGCAACGGCGGCUCCCGCGGCAUAUUACCCGGUCAUAGCCGAUCCCCUCCUGCAAGGCACCGGCGGAGCGGCCAUCUCGGUGCCGAGCGGCCUCGCUCCCAUCACCGCCUCUGGCGCUCACCAAGGGCUCGUCCCAGUCUUCGCCGUCCCGGCCGCCGGCAGCCCCGGGGGCAGUGGCGGCAACCGCAUGAUCCCGCAAGCCACCGCCGUGUGGAUGGUCCCCCAGCCUGGCGCCGCGGCGGGCGCGGCCAACCAGCCCACGCAAUUCUGGGCCAUCCAAUCCGCGCCGCAGCUCAUCAACCUUGCCGGCGCGCAGACCGCCGUGUUCCCCACGGCCCUCAACGUGGCCGGCUUCCAGCAGCAACAACCAAUCUCUACUGUGGUCCACAACAGCAGCUCGCAGCAGCAUCCGGGCUCCGGGUCCCACGAGCAGCAGCGCGGCGGCCGGAACGACGUGGACCACCCCGAGGAGGAGGACGACGACGACGAGCCGGUGUCGGACUCCAGCCCAGAAGAGUAGAAACUCAUCGCGCGGAGAACACUCCACCUCCACCAUACGCCAGAAAGUCCAACCCCAAAGCUUAGGCGGCAAAUCUGGCGGCGCCGGCGGCGGGUGGUGGUGCUACCUGCGCUGGAACUUGAGGUACUUGAUGGCGAGGAAGAAGAGGAAGGCGAAGAGGGCGAUGACGGCGAGGUGGAGGCAGGUGACGAGCUCGAAGUAGCGGUCCUGCAGGCCCAGGUACCCCUCCAGGAACUCCCGCACCGUCUGCUCCCCGACCCCGGGCACGAGGAUCAGCUCCGUCCGGUCCCCCAGCUGCGAGAACAUCAGCCCGUACACCGUCCACGCCGCCGGGUCAGCCCAGUACACCCACCGCCACCACACCGGGAUCAUCUGCAUCCGCAACAUCCGCACCCGUCAGGGGAGCAAAUGCUAGGGCAACUUAAGGUGAGUACCUCUCUUGCGAGGAUGAAGCCGGAGAAGACGUUCCAGAAGAUGAAGAUGAGGAAGGACAGCCCCAUGGCGAUCUCGAUGUUGGGCGUCAGGGCCACCGUCAUCAUCCCGUAGAGCGUGUAGUACAUGAAGCUCAGCACCAUGUACAUGACGAACCAGAAGAACUUGGUCGCCGUCAGCUGGAAACCGAUCAUCGGGUACACGAUCGAUGAGAAGAAUAGCACUUGGACGAACAUGUAAGGUAAUUCGACCGACACCUGCAACAUGGGAACCUGGUUUAAUAUCCGUGCCGAGCAUGCUGCAUUCAGAACAACUGAUAUUUUUAGACAGAUCGAUCAGUGAAGUAUGCUGUUACCUGAGCGAUGGCGUAGGCCAUGGUGGAGUACAUGCCUGCUGCUUUUUCUCGGUAGAGCACGACUCUCUCCAUUGCCACGACUGGCUGUAGGAUGCUGCAAUUCAUGAAACCCAGGAACAGUGCUGAUCCAUAUACGACCCCUAGUAUGUUGAAUACAUCUUGCUCGUCCUUUCUGUUGCAUGUGAAAUCCAAGUUAGAUCUUAUUGGGGCAUGGACAAGUAUUCAAUAAAGAAAAUCUUUAAGCAUCAGAACGCCUCUUACAUGGUUGAGCCAAUUUUCCAGAAUACGAUUCCAAACAUGAUUGAUAUAGCAAAGGUGUUUAUGAACCGAACAACAUUGUGUUCUGAGUUUUUCCAAUAUGCACAACUUUGCUUCCACAGGCAAGCCACACAUUGCGUCCUGAAGUUUUGCCAAUAACCGUGAGGGAAAUGUAGAUCCUCUGUGUUUGGUUCUGGUUUUUCUAACUCAUCAAUUAGAAGCAUGUUCUCCCUGCAGACACCAUAAGAAAUCAGUUAGAUUCACUUUCACUAUAUUGUUUAUACUAGCUAACAUCAAAAGUGAUUUUCAGCUUUAUGAUUGUACUACUUGGCGUACCUGUAUAGGGAGGAGUUGCGAUAAAUUUCUGCAUAGUCCACUCCAAUCUCAUAUUCAGUUGUGUGUGAACUGAUGUCUAACAUCCAUGCUGCUGGGUUUUGGCCCUUGUUGAUUCUAUGAACGCCAGUUAUAGCCUGUGACAAAGUAAUUUUAAUAUUUUCUUCACUCUGCGCCUUACAAAUAAACAUCCCUUUCAGGCAAUCUUACCUCGAAAUACUUUAUCAUGUUGCUAGAAAGUGGACCUAAUGAACCACUGUAUAUGAGCUGACCUCCUCUUUUCAUAAGCAGAAGCUGCAAUUGGCAAAAUUGACUUGAACACUCAGAAGGGUAAUUUUGUAGUGCCUACUUGUAUAAAAGGCCAGUUAUCAUGUAGUUCCUUGAUCUUUUGCUACUUUAGGUCAAGUCUAUGUUUAAGAACUCUAUGCAUACUACUAUUUACUUCGCCAAUUCGUUUUGCCGUUUAAUUUUGGCAGGAAGCACGUUAAUUUUUGUUGUGUAAUUGACUAAUUGAUACCUCUUCACCUUGACAUCACUUGAGUGCUGGACUAUCAUGUUUCUUUAUUGCUUGUAUAGUUAAUAGCACGUUAAUUUUUGUUGUGUAAUUGACUAAUUGAUACCUCUUCAACUCGACAUCACUUGAGUGCUGGACUAUCAUGUUUCUUUAUUGCUUGUAUAGUUAAUAUUUUCCUCCCUAUUUAUAUCAUCUAAACUCUUCAUACCUCAUCAAAAGAUUCAAAUAUCUCGGUGCUUGGCUGAUGAAUGGUGCAGACAACAGUUCGUCCAGUGUCUACUGUUUUUCGUACUGUUCUCAUGACAAUUGCUGCAGCACGAGCAUCCAAGCCAGUGGUUGGCUCAUCCAUAAAUAUAAUCGAGGGACUAGCUACCAGCUCCACAGCUAUUGUUAGUCUUUUCCGCUGCUCGGCUGACAGGCCAGUUGUCCCUGGGAUGCCCACCAUUGCAUUCUUCAAGUCAGUGAGCUCAACUAGGCUCAUGACUUCUUCGAUAAACAUCUGAAAUGCAUUUGAAGAGAAAUCUUGUGUCAGAUACCUGCUUCUAGCAAUGAUAAAGAGGGGGUGAGGUUGAUGCACAUACAUCUCUUUGAUGAGGUUUAACAUUUGAAGGCAGACGAAGCCAUGCAGAAAACUUCAGUGACUCGUAAACAGUGAGAUUAGGUGAGUGAAUGUCACUCUGCUCACAGUAACCUGAGACCCUUGAGAAUGUCUCCUGCUUCUUAGGGUAGCCUGCUAUCUUAAUAGUCCCUUCAAUGUAUCCCCCAGUUUUUCUUCCAGCCAAUACAUCGAGUAAAGUUGUCUUGCCUGCACCAGUUAUCCCCAUCAGAGCUGUUAGCACUCCUGGCCUGAAAGCACCACUGACAUCUUGUAGCAGCUGAAGCUUUUUCUCUGUUACUCCGUUUUUUGUCAUCUCCUGGUGGAAAAUGUGUAUUCUUUUGGUCAAUUGGUGACUGGAAUUGAUGUGGCUAUUAGGUAAGGUUUGAAGUGGUCAAGAGAUUACCUUAGGCAUGUCAACGAAAUAGUUGAUAUGCUCAAAGACAAGGGAGAGGGGCCGAAAUGGGAGGAUAACUUGACCAGUUGAUGCGUUGCCAUUUCCAACCAUCUGGCUGUGGUACUCUAAAUCUGCCUUCAUGGCCUUGAUGUUAACCUGACGCUUGUGUGGAGCUGUAAAUAAUAAACAAGACAGAUAAUUACCUUUUUCAUUUCUAUUCAACAUUUUCAAGGUUCUUGAUAGAUUGGUAUACAUACAGUUCAUGAACUCCAAUGCAAAUAUGCUGAGGAUGUUGAAUACCAGCGAGAAUCCAAAUAAAAUGCUGACACAAAUCCAAUACCAUUGCCACUCUGUGAGCAGCCCCCUGAUCUUGAGGAUGGCUUCACCGACGGUGUUAGCAUUGGCAUAAUGAAAUUCCUAUCAGUCCCCAAGAUCAUUGUCAUUUAUGAUGUAUUUAUACCUUUGACCAAGAAUAUUAGUGUAAUUUUAGAAGGAUAUACUAGCAUAUAGCUAGCAAUUCCAAGUGUUGAAAUGAGUGCUUACUGUAGCCCAUCUUUUGUCAAAGAACUCGUUCAGAGCGAUUGCAUUCUGUGCGUAGGUGAAUGGGGAUGUCCAAUAUCCCCAGCGCAACCAUGGUUGGAGAUCAUCUGUUUCAAUGUACAGAAGUGUUUUGUUUGGACUGCAGAGUUUUUCUUCUACAAGUCGAGGGAGAUAGGAGGCACAGAAGGAUCCUGCAAAAAUUUCAAUUGAAUGGUACUGGUACUUAUUUUCAUCACCAGCCCAGUAUUGCUUUUGGUCCAUCUUUGAGGUUACCUGGUCAGUGGUCAAUUGUAGAAGCUAUUAGUGCAUUAUUUUGGACAAGCACAUAUAUUGCAGAAUACUGAUUUUUGUGCUACUGCAUGGAAUUGUGAGUCAUCUAGUGCCUUCUUAACUUUGCGUAUUAAUGUAUUGGUUAUCUCAAAAUUGUUCUGUACAGUAUUCAGUAAGUAUAGUCGAUUUCAGCACUUAGCAUUAUUGUUAUAUUUAGCUGUUCCUCAUUGAUAUAGUUGGUAAUUGAGUACCUCUUGAAGGAAAUCUGCCACAUUCUUCCUGCUGGGGCAUUUGAAUCCCAUAGUUUCAAAGAAGUCCGUAGCAUUUUCUCGAGGACCAUGAUACACAAUUUGCCCCUCACAUAAAAGUAUAAUGUCGUCAAAUAAUUCCAAUGUCUCGGGAGGUGGUUGCAGCAAGGAAAUAACCAUUGUGAGAUCCAUCAAAUGUGCCAUCUGUUGGAGAAACUUCAUGAUCUCAAAUGUGGUGGAACUAUCUAGACCUGUUGAUAUAUCAUCCAUAAAGAAACAUCUUGCUAGACCAACUAACAUCUCUCCUGCAUAAAAAGUUUUAUUUUAAUGUAUGCCAACUUCAAUGAAUUCGCAAAUAAAAAUGUGGACCUUGAUAUCAAUAUUUGAACUUAUUAACCUUGGUAGCUGAAACUAGAACCAUAACAAUUGUCUCCUAUGUAACUGGCAUAUUCAUUUGCGCAGAAUGCACUAUGAUGUGAAUGUCACUACUUUUAAGUUUUCUGUUUAGAAACUGGAAAGUAUACAGUGCAGAGACCUUCCAAGAAUGCGCAUAAAUCCUAGUUACAUCUUAUUAUAGCAUAUUAAGGGAUGCUUGCUCAGAUUCAUCUUGUUAUAGCAUAUUAAGGGAUGCCUGCUCAGAUUCAGUGGAAUAAAAUGUCGAGUUUCAACCUGAUAUAGAGCUCAUCAAGAAGAAAACAUACCACAGUAUCGCAACUACAAUGUGCUGUUUUCACAGCUCAUUUGAUUGAAAGCGAUUAUUUUGUCUUUAUUCUAUUUUUUCUUGGAUUUGGACAUGUUGCACUAACUAGAUUCCUUUCUUUUUAUAGAGAAUUUGAGCAUAUUAACUAAAAUUUCCAGUUGACACUUUGUACAGGAAAAUGAAGGGAAUUAUGCUAGAUUGCGAGAAUUCCUGUACUAGUUCUUGUACAAUAAUCCUGCUUAGAUUUACAUGUAUGAACUACUUGAUACAAAGUUCAAAGUUUCAAACAUUCCUUCAGUUAGGUGCCAGUUAAGUAUCUCCUUACUCUGUUUCUCGUUCUAAUUUUCUGGCUAGUUGCUUCCAUCUGACUUGAUAGUUAUAAGCAUUCUGUUUUCAGGGUUAUAAGCAUUUUUUGUUAUCAUAAAGACUCCUGUCCUGCGAAGAACCUUUUGCUUGGGGAAGUUUUUAAGUUGGUAGAAUUUCUGUUAAUGUGGCUUUCUUUCAGAUCCAAGCACGUGCUUCCUGUGGCAGCUAUGCAAAACCUGUAGCUAUAUAUGUAUUUCACCCUAAGUUCUGGUUGGAGAGCACCUAGGCAGUAGCAAUAGAGGGUAUGCUUACCAAUUGUGGCUCGUUUCUUUUGCCCUCCUGAUAUUCCUCUUCUCAGCUCGUCUCCUACUAGGGUAUCAGCACACUCGGACAAGCCAAGUAUCUGCAUAUAAUCAACUUUUACUAUUAUGUUGUCAAGAUAUAUAGCAGAUUAAACAACCCAAGUUACCUUGAUAAUAUAGUUUGUUGUAAGGUUGCUUCCUUCUCCAAAGGUGGUGGCCUGCAGUGGACAGCUGUUUGAGUAAUGAAACCAAACAUAAUCCAGUUUUAGCAGAAAUAAAGGAGAACAUAAUGAACGACCUUAAUGAACGAAUCAAGAUCUUGGUCCACUUUAUUGAUGACACCCUUUUUUCUUCUUAUUGCUUCUCCUAGCAUCUCUGAGGUUGUCAUUCCAAGCAAAAAGGAACUUUGUGUCAGUAUAUAUGCCAUGGAAAAAUUGAUAUCCCUUGAAUAUUCUAUAGCAUCUUGGAAGAGAAGUCGAUCGUCUCUCUUACUGUCAUCUCAGGAUGGUGAAGAUCAUACUGGCCAACAUAAGCACGCAGGUAGUCUUGGAUUAUUUGGCUAUGCUGGGCGUGUUGUACUUUCGGGAAAAGAAGCACAUUAUUCAUCAGCCGAAGGGUUGCCGUGUACUGAGAAAUAAAGAGCUAAGUAGAUGAAGGAGCCCAUGCGUGACAUUGUUCAGUUAGCUAGGGAGGGCAUGGUGGCGGCAACCGUAUUUAUAUGGAGAUAUGGUCCUAUGUAUCCCUCGUCUGUAGUGACAUGAAUGAAUAAUUUAUUUCAAGAGCAGCUUAAGCUAACCCUUGACAGGACUCUUGUCUUAUGUGGUAAUAAAAUACUAUAAUUUAGGUCA